CGCGGCGCGGCGGGGCGCUGGGCAUAAAAGGGCGGUCGGGGCGGCGCGGGAGAAGCGCUGGGACGGCGGGAGGCGAGGCAGGAAACCGAGCCGAGCGCGGGGACGAAGCCUGUGGUUCCUUGCCUUUACGCCAGCGACCCUCCUUUCCCAGCCGUCGCCGCUAUGGUGAAGACCGUGGGCAGCCUGGUUGAAUUUGAGGCAGAACUCAAAUCUGCUGGUGAGAAGCUUUUAGUAGUUGAUUUCUCUGCCACAUGGUGUGGACCAUGCAAAAUGAUCAAGCCCUUUUUCCAUAGUUUGUGUGAGAAGUAUGGUGAUGUGAUAUUCAUAGAAAUCGAUGUGGAUGAUGCCCAGGAUGUUGCUUCACACUGUGAUGUGAAGUGCAUGCCAACGUUCCAGUUCUACAAGAAUGGAAAGAAGGUGCAGGAGUUCUCUGGGGCCAAUAAAGAGAAGCUGGAAGAGACCAUUAAAAGUCUAGUCUAAUCUCCAGCCAUGAAGACAUUGAAGCGUGACUGCUUUGGCUAAAUUACAGCCUGCAACUUUUCUACUUAAAAAAAAAAAUAAACAAGCUAGCUAGAUUAAAUGGUGCAAACUAUCUUAUUGGUCCACAUAUAUGAGUAAAAUAAAGUAUAAACUCUUCA